AUGUCGCUUCUAUCAGUUUUAAUCACUUGUUUGACAGAUUGGCCUUCCCUUAUACUAGUAUUAUUGAUAAUUUAUAUAUCAAAGUUCUACUAUAAAUAUUUUACACGUCCUAAUCCAUUACCAGGUCCCAUGCCAAUUCCUAUACUUGGGACGAUUCAUAUAAUUGGAAUGAAUCCUCUCACAUGGUACAAUAAAAAUAAGGAGAAAGCCGGUGCAAUCUGUGAAUUUUAUAUUGGCUCCGAACGACACAUAGUCGUCAAUCAUGUAAAACAUGCUGAGAAACUUUGUAAACCAAAUAAAAGCCUCUCUAAACGACUUCCCUUCACUACAUUUGAAAGAACAGGACUUCAUAAUGGUGUAAUUUUUUGUACUAAUUAUGAUGCAUGGCAUCGAAGGAGAAAAUUAAUAAUCCGUGCAUUAAUGGCAACGGAAUUCUUACGAGGCAUCGUCCUUUGUGUUCAAAACCAAUUUAAAGCUUCUGAAGAAAGAUGGAAAUCGAAAAUAAAAGAUGUAAUUGAAUUUGAUUUUAGGGAAUGGAUAAGAUAUUUCGCAACUGAUCUUCAUACUCUUCAAACCACAAAACAACAUUCUUAUUGUGCAGCUUUAUUUGACACAAAUAAGAAAUUGAUUCAAACUGAAGAAAUCAAAAAAUCUUUAAAGUUUACUAACGGCAUACAUAAACAUUUUUUUUCACUUGGAUUUUUUGUUUUCGUCCCUCAAUUUGUAAUGGAUUAUGUACCAGGUUUUAGCCAUUAUAGAGAGAGCUGUGAACGCAAUAUUAAUUAUUUGAAUGAUGUUGUGAAUAAUAUCGUUAUUAAAAGAAAAAAAGAACUUGAAAAUGGUGCUGGAUUAGACUCGGAUUUUGUAGAUCAACUAUUGAUUGCUCAUACCCUAAAAGAUUCUAAAAAUGAUGAUAAUGUGACUCCAAUAACUGCUAAAGAAGUUACUGUUAUUACGUGGGACGUUCUCCUAGCUAGCACCGAUACG